AAUAGCCUCUAGAAUAAAGCCCUCUUCUCUUUUACUCCACGAAGAGGAGAAGCAGCUGGUGAACACGUACCCAAUCUUGCUGACUGAUUCUAUCUGGUCGGCAAUAAUGGACCUUAUGACAUCUCGUUACAAGCUACUGAAUGAUGGGAACAAAAUACCAGUGCUGGGAUUUGGAACUUUUGGAAACAUGAAUGUUAACAAAAAUGAUGAAGAAGAGGCGGUCAAGAAAGCCAUUGAAGUUGGUUUCCGACACUUUGAUGGGGCUACGCUGUACGAGAAUGAAAAGGAAGUCGGACGGGCCAUUCAAGCAAAGAUUGCAGAUGGCACUGUGACCAGGGAGGACAUUUUCUACACUGGGAAGCUCUGGAGCAGCUCUCAUUACUCUACCUUCGUGCGCCCAGCUCUGGAGGAGACACUGAAGAACCUCCAGCUGGAUUACAUCAAUCUCUACAUCAUUCACUGGCCCGUCACUCUGAAGCCUGGAAUGAACUUGCAGGCGUUACAGAAAAACAAUGAACUGUCUUUUGAUUAUGUGGAUCUCUGCACCACGUGGGAGGCCUUGGAGGCGUGCAAAGAUGCAGGCUUGGUCAAGUCCAUCGGCGUCUCCAAUUUCAACCACAAGCAGCUAGAGAUGAUCCUGACCAAGCCCGGCCUCAAACAUAAACCCGUCUGCAACCAGGUGGAGUGUCACCCGUACCUCAACCAGAGCAAAUUGCUGGAAUUCUGCAAGGCCAACGACAUCGUUUUAGUGGCAUACAGUGCCCUGGGCUCCCAGAUGAGUAUGUCAGGAAAUCCGAGCUUCCCAGUGCUGCUGGAGGACCCGGUCCUGGGCGCCAUCGCCAAGAAACACAACCGCACCCCGGCCCUGGUCGCCCUGCGCUAUCAGCUGCAGCGUGGAGUUGUGGUCCUGGCCAAGAGCUUCAAUGAGAAGCGGAUCAAGGAGAACAUGCAAGUGUUUGAUUUCCAGCUGACUCCGGAGGACAUGAAGGCCAUCGAUGGACUCAACAGAAACUACCGCUAUAUUAAGGCGGAAAAUUUCUCGACCCACCCUAACUACCCAUUUAAUGAAGAAUACUGAUAAGGUCCCUAUGCUGAAAAAUUGGGGCCUUGGAAUUUUGAGUCAAAUGCCAAUCCCUCCACAACUCCAGGCAGCCUGGUGACCAUUUUCAGGAAACUGAUAAAGAUUGAAUCCCCAAGCCACUGAAGUCCCUUCAUAGUGACUGAAAGGAAAAUAAAGUUGUUGGUUUUUUUCCUCA